AUGACGCGACGAAUAGUGAGGACGAUUGUCCAAGUAUCUUCGGUAGCCCUCAUCACCUUCCUCGUCGUUUUCUUCCUCGAUAGAAACUUUCGCGUCCUACCCUCAGCCAUCCAUGAGUACAUGCCACAGCACCAUGCCGGCCUCCUCAUCACCGACAUCACCAUCAAGAAGUGCUCAUCCAUCAAUGUGUUUUCCUCCUGCCGCCUCGACCCGGACGUAUGGCACCGAAUCGAGAAAGACUUGUACCUGGGCAAGACGGUCGUGACAAGCGCAUACAUCCACGUUCGGAGGAAGAAAGAGGAGGAGCUCACCUCGGACGACAAGGUCAUCAUCGAUGUCAACGUCGGGCGGCUUGACCCCGGCACCAACAAGAAAGGCCAAGCGGACGAGAGGUGGGAGCCCAGAGAAGCAGGCUUGUGGAUCAAGAGGUCGGCGAAGAAGGUCGCCAUCGAUUCGAAGCAGACGAUUACCGCCGUCGACGUCCUGUUUGGUGACGAUGCUGUUGAGGCGCGCGACGGCUGGGAGAUGCCUGAGAAAGGCACGCCAUUACUCUUGGAUGCUGGUCCGCACGUGCCGUCGGCGCAUAUCACAGUGAGAAGAGGCAGCCAGCAGGAACCAUACAAGCCGCAGCUCAGGAUAAAAGAGAACGGAAAGUUCAAGGUCAUGCAGGUGUCGGACAUGCACCUGAGUACUGGGGUGGGGGCUUGCAGAGAAGCUAUGCCAGAGAAUUCGGAUGGUGAGAGGUGUGAGGCCGACCCGAGGACACUGGACUUCGUCGCCAGGGUUCUGGAGGACGAGAAGCCGGACCUGGUUGUCUUGAGCGGUGAUCAGAUCAAUGGGGACACCGCUCCAGACGCCCAGUCGGCCAUCUUCAAAUAUGCGCAACUUCUCAUCAAGCACAAGGUACCAUAUGUCACCAUUUUCGGGAAUCACGACGACGAAGGCGCAGCAGGCGCUUUGACACGCGCGAAUCAGAUGGCAUUGGUGGAAACCCUCCCCUACUCUCUCUCCAAGUCCGGACCAGAAGAUAUAGACGGCGUAGGCAACUACUACGUGGAGAUUCUAGCAAAGGGCAGCUCAAAGCACUCAGCUGUGACUGUGUACUUGCUCGACUCGCAUUCUUACUCGCCCGACGAGCGACGAUUUAAGGGUUACGACUGGAUCAAGAAGAACCAGAUUGACUGGUUCCGACAGACGGCGCAGGGACUGAAGAAAAAGCACAAGGAGUACACACAUUUUCACCUGGAUAUUGCAUUCAUUCACAUCCCGCUACCUGAAUACCGUGAUACGGAGCAGUACUUCAAGGGCGAGUGGAGGGAAGGCGUGACCGCGCCAACGUACAACUCUGGCUUCCGCGACGCCCUGGUUGAGCAGGGCGUUAGCAUGGUCAGCUGCGGACACGACCACGCCAACGAAUAUUGUGCGCUUUCUGCCAACCAGGACACUAUGAAGCCCGAGCUCUGGAUGUGCUACGCCGGCGGCUCAGGCUUCGGUGGGUACGGAGGGUACGGCGGCUUCCACCGCAAAAUCAGGAUUUUCGACCUCGACUUGAAUGACGGGAGGAUAACAACCUGGAAACGGGUCGAGUGGGGCGAGACGAAGCAAAAGAUUGACCAGCAGAUGAUUGUGGAUGCGGGCAAGCCGACGGUGCCCACCGAGGAAUGA